UAAAUAUAUUAAGUAAAUAAUUAAUUAAUUAACAGAAAAGCAAUAAGUAGCAAUAUUAAAACCAAAGUAUUUAAAAAAAAAUAAGUUUGCAAACAUAAAAUUAAGUGUAUGGAAAAAAGAAGAUGGCUUGUAUAAGAAAAUUAUUCACAAAAUGUAAUGGAUUUAACCCAACACCAAUAGUUUCACCAACAGCUGCUAAUAAAACAACUAUAAUUGAAAAUAGUAAUGCGAAUACUGGUCGUUAUACAUUGCAUUCAGAACGUUCAGAAUAUCCUAAGCAAAAUGAAUUGAAUUCUUCAACCUCAUCGCCAAUCAGUACGCGUAAAAAUAAUGGGAAAAAUGGCAGCCACGGAAGAGAUUCUGGUGUUCAAGUUGAUGAACCUGAAAACCAACAUAAACAUCAUCAACAGCAUCAACAAUUGGACAUUACAAAAAUAAAACAAUCAUCAGAUGAUAGCAGUAGUGGUAAUGGUAAUAAUAGAUCCAUUAGUAGUAACAGUAAUAGAACCGACACAGGUCGAAGUAGCAAUACGCCACAAGAUUCAAGAGGUAAAACUAGUAUUCUCAAUCCAGAGGAAUCUGAUGAGAAUUUAAGAAAAGGAUUAAUAUUUCAUAGAAGAAGUGAUAAUAAAGAAGCAAUCGAUAUACCAAUAUUUGAAAAAGAUAAAGAAAUACGUACCCUUAUUACAAAAGCUAUUGAAAAAAAUGAUUUUUUAAACAAUUACAUGGAUAAAGAACGUAAAAAACGUGUUAUCGAUGCUAUGGAACCUGAAUUUUAUGACAAAGGAGAAUUCAUAAUUAAAGAAAAUGAAGAAGGAUCAGAAAUUUAUGUUUCAGAAAUGGGUGAAUUUGAAGUUAUUAAAAAUAAUAAAAUCUUGACAACGUUAGGUCCUGGUAUUGUCUUUGGUGAAUUAGCAAUUCUGUAUAAUGCAAAACGUUUUGCUUCAAUUAGAGCUAAAACCAAAGCGAAAGUUUGGAAAAUUGAUCGAACUAAAUUUCGUACAAUUAUGUUGAUAUCAGGAAGCGAAGAACGAAAAGAAAAUUUAAAAUUCUUAAAAUCAGCUCCUUUUUUAGAGGAACUCUCGGAUGAAGUUCUAUUAAGAGUUUGUGAGCUACUAAAAAGAAAAUUCUUCCCAACGGAUACUCGUAUAAUACGGCAAGGUGACAAGGGUGAUCUAUUUUUCAUAAUACGUGGGGGAUCUGUUACAAUUAAGAAAACUGAUGAAAAUGGACAAGAAAGAAUUGUUGAUAGACGAAAACGGGAACAAUAUUUUGGUGAACAAGCACUUUUAAAUUGUGAUCAGCGUUUAGCUAGCGUAUAUGCUGAUCCACCAGGAACUGAGUGUCUUAUACUAGAUCGAGAGGCAUUUAUAAAUUACCUAGGAACAAUAGCAGAAUUAAAAAAGAAACCGAAAGAUAGAGACAUUCAACCGGAUAUCAAAAUUCCAUCUAGUCAGUUUGAUUUUAUUAAACUGAAAGAUUUAAAAAAAGUCACAUGUUUAGGAGCUGGUGCAUUUGGUGUUGUUGAUUUAGUAACAUAUAAUGAAAAGUUUAGUUUUGCCCUGAAAGUUAUUAAAAAAAUUGAUGUUAUUAAACAAGGUCAAAUAGAUCAUAUAUAUAAUGAAAAACUAGUGAUGUCAAUAUGCCGAAAUUCACCGUUUAUAAUAGAAUUGUAUAAUACUUUCCGUGACACAAAAUAUGUAUACUUCUUAAUGGAGGCUUGUUUAGGGGGGGAUGUCUGGACAAUCAUGUACCAAAGAAAAUUUUUUGAUGAAAAAACCGCCCGUUUUAUAUCUGGUUGUGUUGUUGAAGCAUUUGAUUUUCUUCAUACGCGAAAUAUAAUUUAUAGAGAUUUAAAACCAGAAAAUUUAAUGGUAACCCCAGACGGUUAUUGUAAAUUGGUUGAUUUUGGUUUUGCGAAACGCCUUGUAACUAGCAGCAAAACAAAUACAUUUGCAGGAACACCGGAAUAUGUUGCACCAGAAAUAAUAUUAGAUCGAGGUCAUGAUCGUGCUGUUGAUUAUUGGGCAUUAGGUAUAUUAAUAUAUGAAUUGUUAGCAGGUAGAACUCCAUUCCGGGGUACAAAUCAAAUGAAAAUUUAUCAACAAAUAUUAACUGGAAUCGAUGCUGUUAAAAUGUCAGCUAAAAUCACAAAACAUGCUCAAAAUUUGAUAAAAAGUUUAUGUAAACAAACCCCAGCUGAACGAUUAGGUUAUCAAAGGCGUGGAAUUUUAGAUAUUAAAAAACAUAGUUGGUACGAUGGAUUCGAUUGGAAUAAGUUAAGAAACAGACAGAUGUCAUCUCCAAUUAAGCGUCCAAUUAAUAGUUAUAUUGAUACACAAUACUUUCCAACGAAAUUUGAAAAUGAUGGUAGUGAUCCACCGGUAGAAAUGUCUGGCUGGGAUGAUGAAUUUUGAAUAAACUUUUAUAAAUUUUACCUUGUAAAAAAAAAAUGAUAUUUAUGUUUUAGGUAUGUUAAAAAUUUAUUAAAAAUAAAAAUUCAAAAAUGGUUUUGUAAUUACUAGCAUAAG